GAUGAUUUGUCUCACAUGAGGUCAUGUCAAUUGUGGACGGUCCCUAACACAGACGGUAAGAACGACAUUCAAGAAUUUUAUUUUUUCAAGAAUUGAACGUCCAGCCAACUUGUGCUCGCUGCCAUGAAGUCUGUUCAAAUCAGUGGUAGCCCCCUCCCCCCUCUUCGCCGCCUGAUUUGGUUGAGUCCAAAACACAACAUCAUGGCGCUUGACGGGGGCGAGCGGAGCUGUGGAGUACAUGAGUUGAUCUGCAUCAGAAAAGUCUCACCGGAGGUGCUUGGAUUUCUGACAGCCAUCGGGCUCUUUAUUAUCCUCAUGACGCUUCUCUUCUGGUACCUCAACAACAAGUUGACGCUGGAGAAUGCAAGGAGCCUUCAGUGCCUUGAUGACUUGAGGAAAAGCCCACAAUUGCAAGAAAAGGUUGACGCUGACGCCGCCGACCAGCACGUCUCAUCGUCAUCAUCAUCAGACAGCGAGGACCAAGUGAUGGGUCAGUAUCAAGAAGCGGUGAGCCGGGCCCAAGGUCUCCGAGGAGGAGGAGCCAAGGUGUGCGGCAAACACGCGGGACGCUUCAGGUGGGAGAAGCGCCGCAAGUACAGUCCGCUGAUGGCCCAUUAUGACGGCUACAGCAGUGACGCCUCAGCUGAUGUCGCAAACUGCAUCCAGAGGAUGAGGCGGACACCUCCCCUGGACGAACUCCAACCGCCGCCAUAUCAGGAUGAAAACGGCUCUCCCAGGAUGUCUUACACGCUGUCGGAGCUGGGCGACGCCAAGUGCGAUCCGUCCCUGACCAGCGGGAGCCCCCGCCUUUCCUUUCGCAAAUGUCCCAGCGAGGGAAGCGACGGACACGAGACGGAAAGUCAUUUCAACAAGGGCUACGAGGAGGAUGUACCGAGUGACAGUACGGCUGUCCUCGGUCCGGAGGAGACGUCAGGCCGCGGUUCAGCAGCACGGCUCCCCAAAGCCUACCGAGCGGAUCAGGGUGCAAAGUACGGGACUCUGGAUGUGGUCUUUGACUACGAUCCGGAGGAGCAGCAGCUGGCGGUGACCAUCGUGGCCAUAACGGACCUGCCCACUCUAAAACACACGGGCAACAUCUCCUGGCAGGUCCACUUGGUGCUGCUGCCCACAAAGAAACAGCGGGCAAAAAGCGCUGUCCAAAGAGGCCCGUGCCCUCUCUUCACAGAGACCUUCCACUUUUGCCACAUGGAGUCCGAGAUGAUCGGCAACUACGCCAUCCGAUUUCGCCUUUACAGUAUGCGCAGGAUGAAGAAAGAGAAGGUGCUGGGCCAAAAUGUCUUUUCUCUCACCAAGCUCAAGCUCCAGGGGAAAAUGUCCGUGCCGGUCAGUCUCGAUCCGUGCCGCGCCUACCGAGGCGCCGACUCCCAAACGAGUCUCUCGGAGACGUCGUGCAGCGAAAGCGCCUCGUCCUUCCCGUCGCUCAGUCCAAGUACCACCCCGGAAAUCCUGCUGGGCCUGGUGUACAACGCCGCGACCGGACAUCUCUCUGUGGAAGUCAUCAAGGGCAUUCAUUUCAAGAACCUGGCUAGCAAUAAGCCACCCAACACGUACGUUAAGCUGACCUUACUGAACUCCAUGGGCCACGAGAUGUCCAAGUGCAAAACAUCCAUCUGUCGAGGCCAAGCCAACCCAACCUACAAAGAGACCUUUGUCUUCCAGGUUGCCCUUUUCCAGCUUUCGGACGUAACGCUCAUCCUCUCCGUCUACAACAAACGCAACAUGAAACGGAAGGAGAUGAUCGGCUGGAUCUCUCUUGGGCUCAACAGCUCCGGAGAGGAAGAGCUCACCCACUGGACUUUGAUGAAAGAGUCCAAAGGACAGCAGAUUUGCCGCUGGCAUAGUCUGUUAGAGUCCUAACGUACACAAGCAUAAGAGCACAAGGGGUCUUGUCACCUGAACUGGGUGGCAAAUACGCUAACAAUUGGAACCGCCGCUCACUCUUUAAUUUCAAUUCAAUUCAAUUCAAUUCAAUUGAAUGCAAGCUGGAAACACAGAAAGACUCUACUGUGCUCAGAGAACACAAAAGCUAUACAACGUUGGGCACUGUGUCUGAACUCUAAGUUCGAUCUUUCAUCAUCAAAGCUUUUUGUAAAUUUGGAUAGGCAAUUUUUUUUUCCAUUGUUUCUUGAAAAACGAAGAAAUCAUAUGUAGAUAACUAUUUCCAAAUUGUUUCCAUUGCUUUAUGGAAGUGGACCUGUUGGAGGCAAGGCGACAGCUUCCAUCCUUAGUGAUGCCAAGUGUGGUGCUAUGCGACUGCUUUGCUGCUUUGCUGCUUUGGAAGCCAAAUCAGAAACAAACAAGUGUGCUGCAUCAUUCCUCAAACUGCAAUAUGAAGAAAAUUCAAAGCGAGCCACUUUCUCCCCUCAUGUAUUGUGCACAAACAUCUAUGAAGUGCCGUGCUUGUGCUCUGUGCAGUUUCGUGUGUGUUGAAAGGUAGACUACAGAGCCAGAUCCAAUUGGACUUUGGGGUCUUCACCAAAUAAGAAGCCACUUAUUGAUUGUUCGUUGACUGUGUCCUUUAUGUGGACUAAAUGUUUUCUAUCUAUUUUUGUAUCAAUUAUAAUGGGGAGGAAAACGUACAAAGGCAUUUCUUAAUGACUCACUUAUGCGGUGCUGCUGCUGCCAUUUAUUUGAUAAGAUCGGUCAUUUGUGAUUUCAUUGUUUUUGGGACCGUAGUUGAAAUUUUGUACACCUCUUCCAGAGUGAGACGGAAGCCUGUCGUUGACGUUGAUCCUCCCUACAAAUUGAAGCACAUCUAGCACAAACCGUGACAACAGAAGCACCAAUGGCACAGAACCUGAGCUCAUUUGGACACCAUAGCAGUCAUUGACUGUUCUUUGUCACCUCAUCAAACGCUGCAGAAGGGCAUCGGUGCCUUUUUGUUUCUUAACCUGUGAUAUAGAUAGAUAUGGUCUUCAUGUACUUGGGCCGACAAAUGUAAUUCAUUUCUUAUUCUUGAUGGAUGUCAUUUGUUUGCACAUAAACAAACAAAGAAACACUUUGAACUGUUUAAUAAAACGGAGGGGGAAAAGGUGA